AUGAAGCUCUUCGUCGCAAUCAUUGCCCUGGCUUUCGUCGCUGUCUCUCAGGCGUCCUACCUUCCAUACAACGAUGUCCUCUCCUACCAGGGAUACAGUUCUGGACUGCCUCUUUCCAAGGUCGUCGUCGAUCAAUCGUACGGUCUUCCAGCAGUAGUGGACAAGUACUCCUAUCCAUCGGUGUACGGAUCUUACCCGGCAGUGAAGCAGGUCGUCGGAUACCCAUCAGUCGCCCCAGUCCUUACCUCCAAGGUCGUUGACAACAGCUAUGCCCUGGGAUACAACAAGCUGGUUGCUCCAGUAGUGGCCACCAAGGUCGUUGACAACAGCUACGCCCUGGGAUACAACAACUACGCUCUAGGAUAUAACAACUAUGGCCUGGGAUACAACAAGCUGGUAUCCCCAGUCGUCGCCAACCAGUACGGUUUGGGAUACAACAACUACGGACUGGGAUACAACAAGUACCUGUCGUCUGCUCCAGUUGCCAAAUACGUGUUGUAA